AUUGAUUGUCCGCAAACUCACACACCCCACUUGAUUCACUUCUGUGGAGGAGCUCUCAAACUUCCAAACCACCAGCAGCAACCUCCGGAUCAGUCAAGUGACAGCCUGGCUCUAUAUUUGGAUAUGGAGCAGUUGCAGCCGAGGGUCCGAAUUAUUUCAG